AUGGUUGGAAUUGCCGGUCGAAGCCGUGCUUGCACGACAUGCCGUCGUGCUAAAGUGCGAUGUGGUAAGCGAGCCUGGGGAGCCGGACUCAGUCCAUACUCUGUAUUCAUCAACGGUCUUUCACUCGUUGAGAUUUUACCAGAUAAUGAGGCUGCCGAAGAUCAGAGUAUGAUUAUUCCCGCAGGUGUUUCUCCUGACUCAGAUGAGUUGUUCAUGACACACCUGAUGAAAAGCCUGUUUACAACCCCUCAAACUGAUAACAAUUGUAACAUCGUCGCUAUCUCUCCAUGGGUCCUAGCUUCCCUUCAACCUGAUCAUCAAAAGCGCAGCGCGGUCCUUGCUGUACGCGCUGCUGCCGCCGCCUAUUAUGGGAAGCUCUAUCGGCACCACUGCGCCCUCACCCGAGGGGCAACCCUCUAUACCAUGGUUCUGGGUCAUGUUCAAAGAGAUAUUAAUGAUCCAGUGCAUGUCGUAGAUACUAUCACGUUAGCUAAUACUGUGUUUCUGGCUCUAUAUGAAAUGGUCACAUUUACAGACACCACGGCAUGGUUGACUCAUUUCCUGGGUAUUGGCCAGCUUAUAAAGUUUAGAGGGCCUCAUCGCCAUCAGACCCGGGUGGAAAAGGAGCUGUUUCUAACAGUGCGAUACUUUGUUGUACUCGCGCAUCUUAUUCAAAACAAACGGUGCUUUCUAGAGGAUAGGGCCUGGAAACUCGUUCCAUGGGCGUCUGAUCCUAGCUCCAAAAUGACCAUUGAUUACAUCCUCGAUAUCUUCUGCGACGUUCCCGGAAUAUUAGACGAUGUUAGGUGGUCACAAACAAAUUCUCACUCUACACAAGAUGGUCAAAGGGGACGUGCUAAACUAUGCAUUCGAAUUAAUGCUUUAUUCAAAAGGCUUCUGCAAUGGCGAACAAACUGGGAAGCCCGAUUUUCGGACAGUUGUUUUAGCGUUGCACUCAGCGCGCUGAGAGACUUGAAAGCAGUGCAUUUAGACACCUAUCCUUUCUUAGAUGCGGUUUUUUUCACCAAAACUAUCCAUGUGGCCGAAAUGUGCCUGUAUAACUCGGUGCUCGUCAUUCUACAUCGGGCUUGGAAUGCUGUAUCAUCCUCAACCAACGUGCCGCCGUCAUUUGGUACUGCUGCAAGUGAUCUCAAUUCCGCAAUCCUCCUUCCACCCGGCAAAGGAUCACUGAAAGAAAUUACACGUGAGAUUUGCCGCAUGGUCUACUAUCAACUUCUAUUUUGCCCGGGCCACAUAGGUGCCAUUCAGCUCAUUUUACCUGUCCAGGUGGCAUAUCAAAACGUUGUGCCAGAUUCAGAAGAGGCGCAUUGGCUGUCAAAAAUUAUUUCGCAUAUCGCACAGUCUCAUGGCUUUGAGGCCGUGAGGUAUUUCCAGAGCUCUGUGGAGCCAAUAGUGUUUAUGUAG